AUGACCGACAGUCAAUCCGAGUUUGUACGCGUUCUCACCAUCAAAGCUGCGAACGGAGAAGAACGACGCAUGCAAUUUCCUGUAAAGCUUGAUCUUCUCAGACCCAAACGCCCGAGAACUACGUUUACAGACGAACAACUUGCAACUCUUGAGGACGCAUUUAGAACAAAUGGCUAUUUAACGGGAGCAUCUCGUAGCCAAUUAGCCGAGAAGUUAGGCCUCAGUGAUACACAGGUCAAAGUUUGGUUUCAAAACCGCAGAACGAAAGACAGACGAAAAGUUCCUUUGCAUUCGAAGUCAAUUGGUCAAGUCGAUUCUAGCGCAGACAAAAAAGAGCAUACCAUGAAUACCUCAAUGAGCUUUCCUAUAUUAGCUCAGAACUCUCUAAACGCAAUUCCUGGAUCAUCAUCUCUAUUUUAUCCAAACGUUUCUUUUCCAAAUAUUAUAGAUUAUACGUUGUAUCCUUCUUCGAAUACAUUGACUUCUUUAUAUUUCCGAUCUUGUUCAUAG